UGGAGAAGCAGCUUUUUGGCAUGUGAUUGGCUCCUGGGAGAGAGUGGGAGGCGAGCUGUUUCUUUCCUCCUAGUGCCGGAGUGCGAGUGCAUGCAGGGGACUCUUUGCUCUCCUCUUAUUUGACUGGCUGCAGCAGAGAGAGCAAGAGGAAGAGGAGCAGCAUUUCCUCUCCCCCUCUGGCCUUCCCGUCUCCCUGCUCCCUGUCACUCCAUCCUUCCUCCCUCCCGGACUGCACCGGCCUGGACCCUGUACCCAUCAGCCCCUUUGACUCUCCUCUCUUCACCAUCCCGUCUCAGCCGCCGCAGGUAAGGAGCCGCACUAACAUGACAGGUUGCAGAGCUGCUCCAGCUGCUCCAGCUGUUCACAAGGACUGCCUACUGCAAAGAGGAAAAAGAAGGAAAUUUGUAUCUACAAAUCCCUUUAGAAGAAAACAAGGCGUAGUAUCUCGCCCCCCUUUCCUAUAGGUAGUAAAACUGUACUGAACAGACUGAUCUUUCUUCAGUCUUCUGGAAGUGUGGCAGCACCUGGUCACAUGACCUGGAAGAGAAAAGCCAGGAGACCUUUUGGAUCCCUCUCUGAAUGGGCCGGUUAUCAACCUGGAAAGAAGUCUAAAGGCUGAUGCACUGAUCUACAUUGCGACAAAGCUGUGCUCUCUGUCGGCCUGAUCGGACCAUUUAUGACCUGACAGCCCCGACCCUGCACUGACUCUGGUGACUAGUUGGCUGUCAUUUCCAUCUCUCUCUUCCUACUCCUGGGGAUUUCCUGUAAAGUGACCAUACACCAACUUUUUCUCCAAUCCCGCCAUGGAAUCCAGCAAAGUGCAGUCCGAGGGAGGCCUCAACGUCACCCUGACCAUCCGUCUCCUCAUGCAUGGCAAAGAAGUUGGAAGCAUCAUUGGAAAGAAAGGAGAAACUGUAAAGAAGAUGCGUGAGGAGAGUGCUGCACGCAUCAACAUCUCAGAGGGAAACUGUCCAGAGCGAAUCGUCACCAUCACAGGACCCACGGACGCCAUCUUUAAGGCUUUUGCCAUGAUUGCCUACAAAUUUGAAGAGGAUAUAAUCAACUCCAUGAGCAACAGCCCGGCCACCAGCAAGCCCCCUGUCACCUUGCGGUUGGUGGUCCCAGCUAGCCAGUGUGGCUCUCUCAUUGGAAAAGGAGGCUCCAAGAUAAAGGAGAUGAGAGAGUCUACAGGAGCUCAGGUGCAAGUGGCCGGGGACAUGCUGCCUAACUCGACAGAGCGCGCUGUGACAAUCUCGGGCACCCCGGACGCCAUCAUCCAGUGUGUCAAACAGAUAUGUGUGGUCAUGCUGGAGUCCCCACCGAAAGGUGCCACCAUCCCCUAUCGCCCAAAGCCUGCCUCCACCCCGGUCAUUUUUUCAGGUGGCCAGGUAAGAGCCGACCCGCUGGCGGCGUCCGCAGCCAAUCUCAGCCUUUUACUGCAGCACCAGCCACUGCCUGCUUACACUAUUCAGGGACAGUAUGCUAUUCCACAUCCAGAUCAGUUGACCAAGCUCCACCAGUUGGCUAUGCAGCAAACCCCCUUUACCCCCCUCGGACAGACCACCCCUGCUUUCCCCGGUCUGGAUGCCAGUCCCCCGGCCAGUACUCAUGAACUCACCAUUCCCAAUGAUCUAAUAGGCUGCAUAAUCGGGCGCCAGGGAACCAAAAUCAAUGAGAUCCGUCAGAUGUCUGGAGCACAGAUCAAAAUUGCUAAUGCCAUGGAAGGGUCAUCAGAGCGCCAAAUCACCAUCACAGGAACCCCCGCCAACAUCAGCCUUGCCCAGUACCUCAUUAAUGCAAGGUUCAGAGAUGUGGCAGCCAUGUGGAUUGACCCCUCUUCAAUGACUACAUCCUGAAGCCCCAAAUCUGCUCUCAUUAUCUGAAGUGAACAGCAGCCAUUUUUCCCCAUUAACCAUUAUGUACCAAACUUCCUUACAUGCCCCAACUUCUACCUGUAGAUUAAUCUUGUAUACAGAAUGCUGUUACAGAAUAGGGACAUCCUGUGCUAUGUAGUGUCUUAAUAGUGUUUCAGCAUGCUGAAUGAUUCUUCUGGAUUGCCAUGUAUUAUUUUUUUUUUCUGGUUUAUAGUUUAGUUAAAUUUGAUGGAAACCAUGAACUGCCCCACCCCUUACCCAAUGGCGUCUUUUUUCUCUCUCUUAGGUACUAUAUCUUGAUUUUAAGAUUGAUUAUUGUUAUCUUCAGCUUUCUCAUUAUUUCAAGAUGUAUCUUUAUUCCAGUUUUACAUUUUGUGAUUUUAGGAGAUUAUGUUAUACUAAAGGCACUACAUAAAAGCAUAAUAACAAUAAUAACAAUUUAAAAAUGUUCUAGGAUCUUGCUAUAAAUAAAAAUGAAUAAAAAUAAUUAAAAUAUCUCUAAAUAAUGACCUUUAUUUUCAGAUGUUAAAUAGUAAUAAUGAGUUUAAAUAACAUUUAUUGAGGUAAUUAGUCACAACAAAUACAUUGCAUUUCAUUUCUUUUUACUUGCUGCAGUUCAGGACUACUAAAACUGAAUGAGUUAUGUUGUAUAAAAAUGAUAAAGAGAGAAAGAGAAAUAAAAUGUGAACAGGAUUUAGUGCGAUGUGUUGCUAAUCAAGGCCUGAGUAAAAUUGAUUCCCCUUUUGUAGGUUUGAUAUUUGAUUGCUUGCCCUUACAUUGACUACAUUGUACAUUGGCUGUCAUUUUAAUUUGAUUUUUAUUCAAAAUGUUUUUUUUGUCAGUGCAAAAGAAAUUGAUUAUAUAUUUCAGUUUAGCCAUGUGCUUCACCCGUUUUCUUCCUAAGUGCACCAAUGAAUACAAAUGCAUGACUAUUGAACAGUUAACAAAAUUGAGAACUAGAGCGAGCAAGAGAGUUGUUACUACUAAAGUUUAAUUUAAAUUAUUUUCAUUUUCUCUACUUUUCUGUCUUUCCCCACCAACCCUGUCCCCUCCUUGUCCCACCUUUCCUGACUGUUUUAGGCUGACAUCUGAAGUCACUGGAAUGGGCACUCUCUAAUUUCUACCCAUCAUCCUUCACUGCAUCACAUGACCCUUGAGCCAGUGGCAUUAAACCUUGGUUAUGAUUUUUUUGGUUCCUCCUCCUCUGUACUAGUUUUCCCUGAAUUUUUAAUUAUUAUAGUGAUUUUAGAUUCUAUAAUCUGUCUAUUUAAAAUUGACAGUUUAGUGUUGUUCCUCCUGCUCCUGCAUUAUCUCAAUGCGCCCAUUUUUUGUUGUUGUUUGUUUGUUUGUUUGUUUGUAUGUAUGUUUUUGGUCCUAACCUCUUAAUUUUAAAGGACACUACUUUUUUGACACUCUAGUACCUUCCAUGUUACCAUGUAUUUUCACUGUGAGUCAUUAAUGUUAUGUUUUUUUUUUAUUUUCAAUCCAUAUUCUGCUGUGCUGCUGGAUCUGCACCGCUGGUUUCAAAAUUAACAUAUUUCAAAAUAAAGUAGUAGUCUAUAGCUCACAAGGGCUCAGACUUUCACCUCACACACCAGCUAAAACCAGGAACACACCUAGAGUUCAACGGGGCUGCUGCCUUUUUUAUAUAGCUUUCUUUACAACAUGACAACACACACAUAGCCCCGAUUUCUGCAUUCACAUUCAGAGCUGCUAAAAGAUAUAAAUAAAUUCAUUCAUUCAUUCAUAAAUAACUAGUUAGAGCACACAGGAAUUAAAUAGACACGAGCGAGUGCAGCUUGUGUCCUUGCUACAAUUUAAUCACAUUAAAUAUGAUCAUUGCUCUAUAGCAUAUUGUUAUACACAGCCUAUAUAGUAUAAUAGUGUACAUAACCUAAUGGAUAACUUAAAAGGAAAAGGUGGACUCAAUCUGUAGCCUUUUGAAAGCUUUUUCAAGUCACACAGUCAGCAGCUUAAAAACAGCAAAAUGUUUCUCAGAUAUCCAUUGAUCAUUAUGUCCAUGAUCAGCAUCACAAUUACAGUAUGUGAGGAUAGGAUUGGGUGAAAAAAUUUGGUACAAAAUUAGUCUAGUCUAGUGAACCAAAGUAUUGUAGCAAAAAAAAUCCUUAAACACAAUAUUAAACACAGACUUUUGUAGACCAUUUUUGUAUUCAGUACUUCACUGAAUACGUUUUGAUUCAAAUCAUUUUGACUCAGUUGUUAACUGACUUCCCAUGAUUUCCCUGUGUGCGGUCUAUAUCUCUAUUUUCUCUCUUCCUAUGGAGUUUCUUUUUUCCAUUUGUUUUGGCCCAUUUCUUAUUGCAAUCAUCGAUGUAAAAACCCUGCAACCUGCAGCUCGGUGCAGCCUCCAGUAAUUUUCCUGUGCUACUCUGUGUGUGUAAUCUGGAGUUAUUUCGAGACCCUGGCAGAGCCAAUUGUGUAGCAUUUUGCUAAAUGUUCAGAUCCGUUUGGCCGGUUUUAGCACUGGCCAUCAGCUGUUUUUCUAAAAAAAAAAAAACAAAAACAAACAAAGACAAUCUGAACCAUAGAGCCCUGUCGAGCCUGUCCAGCUCAGAGUUUAAAUUUCUUGUGUGCCUCUGAGUCAAAUUUAAAUAUUUGACACUGAGGCUGAGUUGAAUGUAAUUAUUUCAUCAACUAUUCUUUAAAAGGAGGCUUGUAGUUCUACAUAGUUUUUCAUUUGUUUUUCCACUAAUAUGUCCUUAAAAUCAGAAGGAUCACAUUCUGACCUGGAUUUCAAGACUCAGAUUAAGUGCAGCAAAGUAGAUUAGAAUUUGUAGACACUUCCCAUUGAAAAGUCUUUCAAUCUGGGAUUAGACUUAAUCUGAGUCUGGAAAGAACACUUAUGAAACCACAUAUGUCCAUAAAUUAAACUGUAUUCAUGUUUAAAACAUUACAAAGGUACUCAAACAUCAUGUAAAACGGACAAUUACACAAUUCAUUUAUAUGCAACUGAAUGUUAUUCCACUACGCAACCUGCUCAGAUUUGGUCAGACACAAGUCUGAAGUUUAUUCACAAAUUACUUUCAGAGGCAAACACACAAAAGUAUGCACAGUCUUCUCGAGCCAGUGAGACACUACACAAGAUUGAGAUGAUGUACUAUUGUUGCUUUGAAUAAGUUAGUCAUUUAAAUUUCAUUAUAGUUUAAUUAAUGUUUUGUCAUUGAUAAGAUAUUAUUUUAUUUAAUGUCACAUUAUAUUUUGCACUGAGUUAAAAUGUAGGAUUUUUUUGUGUUAGAUUGUAUGUUUCAGCAAGACUGUCUUGUAAUAUUUAUAUUGAAUGUUCUAUUUUCGGGUUAUGUUUUGGGUAUAUAAUGUGCUGUGCUUUAGCUCAUUAUAAAGAUAUAAUAUUCUCACAUUUUAGUACUUUAUUAUGAUAAUAAUAACAAUAAUGAUAAUAAUAAAUAUUAUUAAUAUUAUUACUAUUAUUAUUAUUAUUACUAUUAUUAUUACUACUACUACUACUACUACAUCUAUAACACAAAUGCAAUAAAAUGUGUUUCAUGAUGUAUUACAUUAGCUAUAUAGAGUGCCAUCAUGUUUCUUUUUUUCUCCUUACCAUAUUGCAUGUUCAUGUCUUCAUUAAAGUCUCUAUUUUCAUAUUACAUUUGUGACAUCUUUUAACUUAAAACAUCAGAUCUGUUUCCAAUCAUUUAUUGUCUGUCAUACACAGUUUUUGUUGUACUAGAGCAGAAAAAAACAAAAAAAAAACAAGGGCCCUUUUCCUUUUUGUGCUUCUGUAAAUUAUGCUGUUUGGAGUAAUUACUUAGCAUUGCAUAAUUUGCUGCUUGCCGGUCUAUAUACGUUUAAAAAGAUUGAGGUUAAAUUACCUUUGAGAUGUUUUAUAAAAGGAAAUAAAAGUUUUGUUUUUCCCUUGA